GUGCUGCUAAACCAAGCAACGGUCAAGAUCUAAUACUUAACAUCUAACGGCCCAGAAAAGCUCGUUUAUUAUAUAAAUAACCAAUCCGCUGCUAGGGUUUCCUCUAGCGUUAACAAAGGAUUGAUGUGAUAUGUGUGGAAAUGAUAUAGAAGAUUUCAUUUGCUUUUUUGAUGGCGGUUGCACACUUUCCAUGUAUUCAAUUUACAAGAGUUACCCCUAAGGGUAGCUGCGUAUUUUCGGUUGGUAAUUACAGCAGAAGCAACUAUAAGAGAAGAUAUCUGGUUCUUGCUUCUGCAACGAAAUUAGAGGAAAAUUUUGGACAAUCUAAGGUUGAGACUUUGUUGAACAGUAUAAAAUGGAAUGAGAAAGGUCUGGCAGUGGCUAUAGCUCAAAAUGUUGACACUGGAGCCAUAUUAAUGCAAGGCUUUGUGAACAGGGAUGCACUAGCUACAACAAUUUCCUCUCGGAAAGCAACAUUCUAUAGUCGGUCACGGUCAACAUUGUGGACGAAGGGAGAGACCUCUAACAAUUUCGUCAAUGUUCAUGAUAUCUUUCUUGAUUGUGAUCGUGAUUCUAUAAUUUAUCUUGGGAAACCUGAUGGACCUACCUGCCACACCGGGGCAGAAACUUGUUACUUUACAUCAGUUACCGAUAUAUUAAAUGAUCAGCAGCAGGCUGAAGAAAAUAAGUUGGCAUUGACUACUUUGUACUCACUGGAGUCUACAAUUUCCCAGCGCAAAGCAGAGUUAGCGGCUCCUCAAAAUGGAAAACCCUCGUGGACCAAACGAUUAUUACUUGAUCAAAACUUGUUAUGCUCCAAAAUCCGAUUGAUGAGGUAUUCUGGUAGGGAAGAAGCAGACGAAUUAUGUCGAACGCUGGAGGAGAACGAGGACAAGUCACGGACUGCCUCAGAAAUGGGAGAUGUACUCUAUCAUGCCCUGGUUCUGCUAGCACUUAAAGAUGUGAAAACAGAAGAUGUCUUAGCAGUUCUCCGGCACAGAUUUUCACAAUCAGGUAUUGAGGAAAAGAAAAGUCGCAAAUCACACAGUUAGGCAAAAUUGUAACCAGCUUUUAUUCUCACCACAAUCCCAGUGAAUUGGCCUGGUGAGUCAUCUUGUUUAUCUGAUAUUCUUUUACUAUUUUCAGACAGUAAUGUAUCAUACAGAUCAAAGUAUACACUACUCUAAGAAUAAUUUCAAUUUGUUGUACAUCUAUUCAAUAAUAAGGACAAAUGGUUUGAGAUUUUGCA